UUUAAGGGAAAAAAAAAAAAACCAAACACUACGACCCACGUUCUCAACGGUUGGUAACCGUCGAUAACUGCUCCGAAAUCAGUCCAAUCGAUAAGCAUCAUCACUUUCAAAGGUUUAAUCUUUCCAUGCAAAUGCGAGUUUCAGGUUCUUUCUCUCUCAAUCAAUUAUGGCAAUUCAAGUUCGCUUAUGUAGUACUCUCAUUUCCCUCCUGGGUUUCCUUUCCCUCUCCUCCCUUGCAUUUGAAUCAUCAACCUCAGAUAAAGCACAAGUUCCAAAUUUCGCUUUCAGUUGGUUAAAUGACAACAACAAAUUCCAAGCUGGGGAUACAGCAGCCAUAAAGAUCAUAGUACUGGGAGAGUUUGACAGUAAAGGAAAUGUUUCACUUGAUAAAAGUGCUUUCAAUCCUACCCUUACAGUUAAUGGGAAGAGAGGAAAUAAUUCUUUUGUGUCUGGGGUUUUCCUGGAUACUGCAGGGGAUACCAGUACCUGGAGAAUUCUCUUCACUCCAAUCAGGGUUGGGGUUUUUAAUGUCUUUAUCAAUGAUGACUCUUUCAAAGUAUUUGAUUCAUCUCUCCAUUUCGAAACUGUGCCAGGUAAAAUUUAUCCAUCUGUCUGCAUAGCUUCAUGGAUGGGAUUUUUAAACGAGUUUGAAGUUGGGGAGAGAGCUACAGUUUUUAUUGCUCCUAGAGAUGCAUUUGGGAAUAAUGUUUCUUCAACUCGUGAAGAAUUGCAUCCCUAUAAUUUUACAUUGUGUGCACUUUAUGCAAAUGGUUCCCUUGCUAAUGUGCUAAACAUCACUCAUAUUGGCUGGAAUGAGCUUGGUUUUAUUAACAUUGAGUUUAUUGUGGCAAAAGCUGGAAACCGUCUAUUGCAUGUGAAAGGAGGAAAUCAAACCUUGAAUGGCUGUCCACUUCCAUUGAAGGUGAAUCCAGGGCCUCUGGAUGUUUCCAACUGCCUGCCAAAAUGGAAGUUUGAGACAAAUGCUUGGCAAAUAUUUUCCAAAAUGGAAAUUUUUAUUCAUCAACAAGAUCAGUAUGGGAAUCUUGUUUCUGGAUUAUACGAAUUUGAUGCUGAUAUUAUUGAAAAAGAUACAAAUCUGUCUAUACCUGUCGCAGAUUUGUACUUUGAAGACAUGGUACCAGGAAUACAGUUAUUCUCUUUCAGUCUAUUGGAACCAGGAAACUUCUUGCUCACUAUAUCUAAUUUGAAGCAUAAUAGAAGCAUCUCCAAUAUGCCAUUUGCUUAUACUGUCUUUAUAGUUUAUUGUGAUGGAUCAGCCAGCAUUGUCAACGGAUCCGGUUUAAAUGAUUCCGUUGCUGGUGAAAUUGCACAGUUUUUGGUUUAUUUGAUUGACAUUUAUCAAUAUCCUGCUUUUGUUGAACUAGGAAGUAUUAAAGUGCAGAUUGUUAGGGAGAAUGAUUCCUAUAAUGUGCAGCCAAGCAUCUUUCCAAUCAUCCAUGGGAAUGGACCUGCUCAAGAACUCAGCUAUGCUACUAUCAGCCAAACAGAAAUUUCUCCUGCACCAUCUGAUGUUCCAAGGAACAUUUCUGCUGGACACUCGGAAGUUCUGGCCAGUGCUUUUAAUGUGAUUUAUACUGCUGAGAAGAGUGGAAUCUGUGAAAUAUAUGUAUUUUGUGGAAAUAUUUUACUGAGUGGUCACUCAUUCAGAAAGGAAGUUAGAGCAGGUGAGGUUAAUGUAUCUCUUUCAAAAGUUGUGAAAUUUGCUCCCAAGGUGCCAAAGCUUACUGAGAAUGAAAUAUGGGUCCAAUUGAUGGACACAUUUUCUAAUCCUGUCCUGUCCCAACAGUCACUGCUGAAACUAGAGAUUGCUUCAGUCAACAGGUCUGGUUUUUCGACUGGGAUGUUUGUAGAUAAUGAUGAUGGGUCAUAUACUUGUCAAUAUAUGGCUAGAGAUGUUGGAACCUAUGAGAUGUGUGUUUCAUUUGAUGGCAUACGUUUCUCACCGUGCCCUUUUGGGGUCAAUGUGUAUGGUGGUGAAUAUUUUCCUAAAGCUUACGAUGAUAAAAUUUCUGUGUGGGAGGAUGAGUCUAUUGCUUUUGAUGUUUUCGCAAAUGAUUACUUUGCUGGACACAAUGCAAGCAUUGUUGAAUUUUUGAAACCAGAUUAUGGUUCACUUUUACAGGAUGGACAUUUCUUUAGAUAUACCCCCUAUCAAAAUUAUUAUGGGAGUGACUCUUUUAUGUAUACAAUAUCGGACGUAAAUGGCAAUCUUGCUUCUGCUGCUGUAAACAUUUCUGUUCUUAAUAUCCCACCCCAGUUUAUUUCAUCUCCAAGUCAACUGCAAGCAACUGAGGACAUGAUAAGCCCCAGAUAUGGUGGUUUCUCAGGGUUUGAGAUUAGGUCUUCUGAUCCAAUGGAGAACAUUUCUGUCACUCUUAGAGCAGACUCUGGAACUCUGUUUUUGUCUCCUAUGCUGAUGCAAUUUUGGCAUCCAAUUUGGGGGGAAUUUUCUGUCAAGAAAGAAGAUGAUGAAGCAAAGAGUUUGACAUUAGAGGGGUCUGUAGAUUUGAUGAAUCUAGCACUUCAGUCAAUUCAAUACCUCAGAAAUGAUAAUUUCAGUGGUGAUGAUACUGUUCGUGUUUCUGCCGGCAACAAGAAUGGGAUAAAUGAUUUAGCAGUUCCAGCUUUUGUGGAACCUAUCAAUGAUCCUCCAUUUAUUAACGUUCCCAAAUUUAUCACAUUGAAGGGCAAUGAGGAUGAGUCACUGAUCUUUAACAAAGCUAGAGACAAGUUUGAGUUUUGUGUUGGAGAUCCAGAUCUUCUUAACUUCCCUGGCAAAGAGUCUCGCUUUAUAGUCGCAUUUUCUGUUGAAGUUGAUGAUGGAUUUUUGGUAACCAGCCUACCAGCUGAAGUUAUAGAUACAACUGAACUGAGGCUAAUGAAUAGCUAUCAAUGGCAACCUCUUCAGACAUACAACUGAAGAAAUAUAAAUUCCAGGCUAGUGUAUCUGGUUUAAAAGUGUGAGAAGAUACACUUUACUUUUAUUAUUUUUUUUAAUAUACUGCUUAAAUUAAGCAUCCAUGGUGGAGAAAAUGGUGCUGUUUUGACGCUGAAAUUAAAUGAUAUGGGACAUUAUGGUUGUUAUUCAGAUUGUGCUGACAAUAUUUCAAUGCCUUUACAUGUCAAGGCUUCUGUAAAUCUUAUCCGAAAAAGGCCAAUGAGUUCAUUGGCAGUUCAUACCCUUGGAUCAGCUGUCAUUAUUGAAUUUCUUAUGGUUCUCUCUUUUGGAGUAGUACUUCUAUUCUUCACAUGCAAAUGUGCAAUUCUUCUUGUGAAUGAAAGAAGCAGCUGCAAAUUCCAAAACUCUAAACAGUCUGGUUUGCGAAAUUUUCAAAAGGAAUCUUCAAGGGUUGAUUUAUCUGAGAAAACAACUGAAUUCACUGGUGGUUGUUCUCGACUUCUCUCACUCUUCCAUCGACCUUUGAACUUUCGACAGCGCUCUUGCCGUCACUUUGGAGUCAGAGAAUCUGGCCUGGAUGUACAUAGCCCCUCUCAAUCUACUAGUGGUCACCGUCUGAAAACUCUGCCUAGUUUUAUGCCACUUGCUAUUGAGAAGGUUUCAUAAACAAGAAGUUGAUCUAUUGUGUAAAAUUAUAAACCAUGCGAUGUAGACAUUGAAGGAAUUCAGAAAACAUUAGAUUGUUUUACUACUGUUAUUGAAACAUAUGUCUAUUCCUUAUUCUGCAUGCAAGGAUUUGCACAUUCUGAAGA